AGGUUUUAGCGCCUUCCGCCCGUUUGUUGUAGUAUGGAGCCGCCAUGGGAGCCGCAGUUGAUUUGUGUUAUUUCCCACGUAUAAGUUUUGCAAACAGUGUUUCUGUUCCAUUUGUACUCAGAGAGAAAGAUACGACGAUACUACUGGGAACCCAGGAUGUAAUUCCUCUGCUGUCUUCUCAUUAUUGCGUCACUUAAGAUUCAUCUAUCGAUGUAAAUACCUUGGAGUUCUGCUCCUUACUCUUGGCACUUUUUCGCCAAUUCCUCCGCUUCAAAAUAAGAAGAAGAAAAAAUGAGGCCGCUUACAGAGGAAGAACGUGCACAGGUCGUGUUGUGGUACAACACGUACGGGAGUUUGCGCAGGGUCAGAACAGAAUUCCGCAAGACUUACGACAGACGUCCACCGUCGACACAUACCAUAUUACAUUGGGCAAAACGCUUCACGAGCGACGGCACCGUUAACAAUGCACGUCGGCUUCGGAAUAGGAGCACGAACGAGCUCGAGUACGCUGUCAUUGGGGCUUUCGAGGUGAACCCCAAGAUGGGGGUAAGACAAGCAGCACGGCUAUUCAGCGUGGAUCCCAGCGUAAUCCGACGCGCACUGGGAAGAAAUUGCUCGAGAAGUAGGGGUGAAGAAAAAUCUGCAGAGAACGCACAGUUGGUGUCUGCUGCGGUUUAUAGCCAAGGUGCACCGACGGGGACGCCCGCCAUCGGAGAGCUCGUCCGUCAACUCAAGAUCAUGCCACCGAGGUCUCGGGACGGGAAACGGCUGCUCUACUGCUCGCACUGCCUGUACGCCACACAGUUUCCGAGCUGCAUGAAAGCACACCAGCGGAGGCACGAGAAGGACUGCAAAGCCGAAGAAGGCUGCCCCGCAGAGGCGCUGAAGUGCCGUCACUGCAGACGCGAGUUUGCGGACAGAAAGACGUACAUCAUGCACCUGCACGAGCACAAGCACGAAAAGGCAGAGAGAGAACGUCGCCAAUGGGAACUGGCCGAAAAGAAACGGCUGGAGAUCGAGAGGGGACUCAAGAAGUUGUUGAAGAGGAAGGAGACCCAACAGGUGAUCCACGUGAGACGCCCCACCGUCGGGAAGCAGUCCGACGCGGAGCUCUUCUGCAUUCCCCUCAACGACCUGCCGUUCUCCUGCGGCGACUGCCACGCUUCUUUUAGGGACAAGGCGAGCCUGGCCGGGCACGAGCAGUCCCACGGCGAGGCGAAACCGUUCGAGUGCGACCUGUGCCCGGCGUCUUUCGUCCACCUCAAGAAGUUGAGGUGCCACGAGAGGGCUCAACACAGGAUGCUCCCAUGCAGCGCUCGCAGGGAACGCCUCGGUGGCGAGGAGGAACACGCGCGCGCGGGCGAGAAGGAACACGCGAGGCGUGGUGUGGCAGCGCUCCGCAAGAAGAAGCUCUUCGGUUGCUACAUGUGCCGAGCGACGUUUCCCAAGAGGUCCGCCUUCCUGUAUCACAUGUCGCAGCACGUGGUGAGCUACGUCGCGGAAAGCGGCGUGGUAGGGCCGUCCACCAUAACGGCGGUCGAGGGCAUAAUGAAAGAAUCGCUCGGGAAACCUGACGAAAAACCGGCGGGGGUCGGAAAUGAACACGUUAAAAGGGAUGCGGACGACAGGCCAUCGCAGGUGGUCGCAGAGGUAACGGCCGUGGAGCCACCGCGGAGGGUCGUGCAAACGACGGCGAUGGGACCGGUAGUGGAAAUCACGGAGGAACCGUCCGUAGGGUCGGCCAUGGAGUCCGUGAGUGUGGUGAAGGAAGAGUGCCUAGAACCAGAUGAGGGAACGACGGAACUCUUUAUAGCGGAAAUAUUGAAAGAUCACGCGUAUGCACGCGUUAGGAGCGGACUCGAAACACACCCAUCAGCAGUAUCGGUCAAGAAUGCCGACACUGUGAGGAAAUACACCGAGGCAUAAAAUGGUGCGGCUAUGAGUUGGCCACCAGGUGGUCUGCAGUUGCGGCUGUUCGUCAUCAGUUAAGUAUAGGUGUUGACUAGUCAAGUGAAUCUGAUGAAGGUACUCAACCUGUACCACAUGCUACUUCUUUCAAGAGAGCAGCAGAAGUAGCAGCUAAGCCAGCAAGAGUACCCAGUCCACGUUUUAGACUGCUACUUCUAGACUGAGACCUGUCUCAUAGUGGUUGCUGCUGUUACCAUUUGUAAAUGGUUUGUGGAGGUGCCUAGGAGAAGCAGGAAGGGAGGAACACAGAUACUGAUGACACAUAUAGGGCUUCUUCAAGGGUUCCUUCAGUUUCCUAGUCCUCUUGGCAGUAUUCUUGUUAAGUCGUUCAUAAACAAAAAGUGUAAUAUUUACGCCUCCAAGGCAUAAUGGUUGCACUGUGGGCGUUGGAACCUUGACGGUUUGAUUUUACACGUGCUAACCUUUUCCGCCAACAACACACCAACUCUGCUGUUCGUGGGAGCCAGCAGUCUUCAUAAAAAAAGUUUAAAAUGUUUCUCAAAUACUCUACAUAUAAUUAAUUACUGUACAGUUAAUUACACUAAGGGUAAUUAAUUACAGCAACUUAAUUUCUUUUAAUUAAAUAAUUCGCAGUUGUG